UCAGUGUAUAUGCUUCCUCGGGCUUAGGGUUUCUUGUAGACGACGAUUAGCCGUUCAUCUCUCCCGAUCCGGCGCGUUUCAAUAUCUCCUUAUCGGCGAAGAAACCCUAAUCGGAGAUGGCGACGGCAAGAACUGUGAAAGACGCUUCUCCUCACGACUUCGUGAAGGCUUACGCUGCUCACCUAAAGCGUUCUGGAAAGAUGGAACUGCCAGAGUGGGUUGACAUUGUGAAAACUGGGAAACUGAAAGAGCUUCCUCCAUAUGACCCUGACUGGUAUUACAUCAGAGCUGCAUCUAUGGCUAGGAAGAUUUACCUGCGUGGUGGACUCGGAGUGGGUGCCUUCCAGCGGAUUUAUGGAGGAAACAAGAGAAACGGAAGCCGCCCUAGUCAUUUCUGCAAGAGCAGUGGAGCCAUUGCCCGCCACAUUCUUCAACAGUUGAAGGAAUUGAAUAUUGUUGAUGUUGACCCCAGAGGAGGAAGGAGGAUAACAUCCAAAGGCCAGCAAGACCUUGACCAGGUUGCCGGAAGGAUUGCCAUUGCAUCAGCAUAAGAAUAUUUAGUGACUUCAAGGGAUGUCACUUCCAAAGUUUUCGGACAGUCUUAUUACCGAAUAGCUGGUAGGAUUGCUGGCUGUGUUUUGCUUAGAUUGUUUGUGUUGAAGUUCUUUGAAUGUUAAUCUUAUGAAUCUACAUCAUUUGACUUCGUUAUCACUUUCUUCACUGUCUUCUUCAUUAUUGUUUUGAAUUUCCUUCAUACUUGGCCUUUUGAACCUGAGAGAACACUUUCUUACUGCAAACUUUCUCUCACUGUGCAGCCUAAGGGCUUCGUGUGUUCAAAGUGUGUAAUAAUCACAUUAUGUUUGAUUUAAGGAAUUUGAGAGAGAAAAGACGAAAAUGAUAUGGAAUUCAAAUU